AUGUUCAGAAUCACAGAAUAAUAACAUCUACUGUUGUAAUAAUUAGCAUAGAGCCGUUAUGAAGAUAAAUAAAGACUUCCGAAUAAAUAAAUUAGAUCUCUUAGACCCUCAAUAUUCCUUAAUGAUAUAAAUAGUAUAGUCGAAAAUUCUUUACCCACUAUUUAAUAAUAAAAAUUAGACUAACAAGAAACCUUGUCUAAUAAGCAUCCAGAAAUUACAUAAAUCUCUACUGAAAGAGAAUAUAUUAAACUUCCAAAAAUUGGAAGAUUUUCUCACCUUCUUAAAUCUUCUUAAACUGAAGCAAAUGAAUUGAAAUUUUUGUCACAUUAGAAUUCUCCCAUUCGAAAAAAUUAAGAUACUUAAUAGUUAGAAAAAAAAUAUUUUUCCAAAACACCUAUAAAAAAUGCAGAUGUUUUGAUUUUUCAAUAAAAUUUAAGUACUAAGAAAAAAAGUGUCAAAUUCAAUCCUGAAAUUGAAACAAUCAAUGAAGAAGGGUAUAUUGGAAGAGAAUAAAUAGAAAAUCCUAAAAGAUUAAGCAGAUUCAAAAGAAAUAUUUUCAAACUUCACACUUAAGUAAACUGA